GCCUUAAGCCUAUAAAAAGGCUUGUUUUAAUAUUUAUAAUAAAAACGCCUUUUGCCUUCACUACCUAUUACAGUCUGUGACCAAGUACAUUGAAGAGUUCACCCAUUUGCAACUCAAGAUCGAUGACAUGACCGAAGCUGAAAGCCUGAAUGUCUUUUUGAAAGGACUCCGCCCGAAACUUCAAGAACAUUUCGCUGGAAACCCUGACCUGAUGACCGACCUUGACCAAGUCAAGUCCAUCGCCGAGUCCCUUGAUAACGUGAGAAAACGCCGACAGUUCUCAUUCAACAACAAUCGUAACCAACAAUGAACCAGUGGUUUCCGCCGUCCUGACCAAAGCCCUGGCCAAUGGAGCUUGAUGCCAUGACCUCAGCUCCUAAUAAUAUGCGAAACCAACAAGCCAAGAAUACCAACCGAAAACAAGAUGACCUUCGCCGUGGCGCACGUUUCUAUUGCCAUGCUACCGGGCACCGCGCCGCCGAAUGUCCCCAGAAAACCAAUAACUCCCAGGGAAAGACAAGUCCCAGUAGAGCCUUCUGGAGCUCUACACGGGACAAGACCUACUCCAGAAACCGAGGACCUCUGUAAUAAAGUCAGACUAGAGGAAGACUAGGUAACUAACCAGUUGGUGUGCAAGGAAUCGAGAGAGGUAUGUGGACAAGGAUGGAAGCAAGUAUAGUAAAGAUAAGGUG